GGGGCCCCAUGUUCCUAUUAAGUCCGGAUCCUGGCUGAUUAGUCCAUAGCCAGCGCCUAUUUCAUCACCCAUGACACGCAACAGCAGGGCUCCGCCACAUGAACGCCCGACUGACUCGCCGCGCUCCUAAGACUUGUCCUGACUUGAAAGAAAUACCCCGCGCGACAAAUCUUCGGCUUGGCAAUAGAUUACGUAAUAACAUGAUCUCAACUCGCCAGGGAGUCGCAGAACGCCAGUUCCAGUGCCAGGAAAAUCCUACUCACAUAAAAAACGGCAUUUGACAUUAAUAUGGACGUCCCUCGCGAACUCCUGAUUGAUAUUCUGAAGAUUCUUCAUUUUCGCGAUCUUGUUCGCGCUCGACAGGUUCUUUUCUUCGUUCUGGAUGCUGACACCCAAUUCCCCUAACGGACUGAGCUCAACCCCCAAGGUAUGCAAGACAUGGCUAGACACAAUCGACUCCUCCAAGUCGCUCCAAUAUAUCAUCGAGUUAGAAUGUCAUCAUUUGGUUGACGGUCCCCUUGGAAAUGGACUCGGCACCAUUACACGCCUACAAGCACUACUUAAGCACGAAGACCGAUGGAAAUUCCUUAAAUUUACGAAGGAGAAUAUCAUUCAUGCUAAUAUUACAUCUGUUCAUGCGCUGGUUAAAUCCGUUCUUGGGAUCGUGGACGGAAAGUCCUUAACAUUCUGUAAACUGCCCUCGGAGUCGUCUUCCCACUCCCAAAUGAUCACAUGGAAAUUCCACAAUCUUGACACCAUCCACCACUUCGGCAUGGAUCCCGACCAAGACUUACUCGUUCUAAUCCAGCACCUCCCAAACGUUGAUUCCCAACAACUCAAGCUGCACCUGCGUACUUUGUCGAGCAACGAACUCCAUCCUCAGGCUGCAAGCCAUGAAAUAGAUUUCACCUUUGACAUCCUGCCUGCUUGUCAAACUCAAAUAAUCGAUGAUUUAGUUGUAUUAUUUCUUAAUCCUUGUCUGACAGUCAUUGUGCAUUGGAAGUCUGGGACGAUUCAAUCGGUUCUGAAAGGGAGUGUGUUAUGCCCAGAGAAGGUUACCAUACUAUCUCCUCGCUUGAUCGCCAUAACGAGAUGCUAUGUUGACGUCUUUCGUCGGCGUGCAGCCGCUUUGGAUGUUUACGACAUUUCUGACACUGAUCAUGAUGCGGACAAUACCCUUGGUUCGAACGUAUAUCCUCCAAAGCACGUCGCUAUCCUCCACUUGCCAAAAUUCAUGCAAAAGGACCUAUGGAGCAUGAGUGUAUGGAGUGAUUCGAAUCCCUUAUCCCGAUAUACUCCGCGGCACGGUUGCGCCGCGUACCCGAACUACCAGUCCCAAGAGGAGACAGCGUUUGCUGCAGGCCGUGGAAGCUUGCUUGUGCUGGGGAUCGCCUUAGUUUACACACGGCGGGUCGAAGCGGUGGUAUCAUCGAGGACCUCAUACUCCGGUUCAUACAACGUCUUGGUAGAUAUCGAUUCCCUCCUUUCCCUCGAUUGCCUCCGAUCGUCCCCAGAAAUCGAUGUAUCAUCAACACCCUCGAAAGAAUCGUCAAAAUCAGUCACUCAUGUGCCGUGGUCACAAUGGGCAAAGUUUACAACGUGGCUCCCUGCAAAGCGGUUCGCCAAAUCAGGGGCCACCGUACAGGGUGAUCGCUGUUGCACUUUAGUUGAUUCGAAUGCUCAUGGCACACAAGUCGAAGUGCUCGAUUUCAAUCGCAAUCGCAUCAGGAGGGCCGAGUGCUUCAGCCCUGAGAACAUGCCUAAACAUUCAGGUAUCCAACUGGAAAGGAAACCUGCUUUGCGGGGCGAACAUGUUGGACUUGUCGAUGGAAUAGAUAUCAAUUCAAUACCACCGAUCGCAGAACAGUUUCUUGAACGGGACCCGAUCAGGAUACCUUAUCUGGAAUCGAAGGUUACGAUCCCCUUCUAUCCUGACUCGUUCGAGGCUUCCGGUGUUAUGAUCGAUGAACAAGGCAUUAUCCUCUACGGGAGGGUGGGCCGCCUUGGGAGUCUGCGAAUGAUAUAUCGCAUUUUCACUCUCUAAACAGCUAGCGCGUAUAGAAAUAAAGGCAGUUCGUAACGGCGGAAUUUAAUAACUGGCCAGUGGUACCCUGAGCAACAAGCCAACUCAGAGACACAUUGAUGAUUGGAUCGCCAGGUUGAGGCCUACAUGCCAGUACUCAAAGAUAUUUACCAGGGUGUGGAUGGGACGUGAUGCAUUACAUUGAAUGAUAUUUCAUCAGGAUAAUUGACACGGGGUGAAUCAACUCAUUAGCUUCUAUUGUCCACACAUCGGAUGACUGGCAAAUGUUCACCAAUCCCAACAGUCAGCCUUUUCACCAUAGAGAAU